AAGGCCGUUUGCGACCCUGCCGAGCGUUGGAGGCCGCGGCGGCGGCGGGGAUGUGCGUGCCACGGGCGGAGUGAGCGGCGCGCGGGGCGGCGAUGGCGAUGGCGGCGGCGGCGGCGGCGGCGGCGGGGUCGGGCGGCCCCCCGGAGGCGGCCCCCGCGGCGCUGCAGCGGGAGCCCGUGUAUAACUGGCAGGCCACCAAGGGCUCGCUGCAGGAGCGCUUCGCCUUCCUCUUCACCAACGAGCUGCUCAGCGACGUGCGCUUCGUGGUGGGCAAGGGCGGCCCGCGGCCGCCCGGCGGCGGGGGGCCCCCCGGGCCCGGCCAGCAGCGCAUCCCCGCCCACCGCUUCCUGCUGGCCGCCGGCAGCGCCGUCUUCGACGCCAUGUUCAACGGUGGCAUGGCCACCACCUCGGCCGAGAUCGAGCUGCCCGACGUAGAGCCCGCCGCCUUCCUGGCGCUGCUCAGGUUUCUUUAUUCAGAUGAAGUUCAGAUUGGUCCUGAAACAGUUAUGACUACUCUCUACACUGCCAAGAAGUAUGCAGUCCCAGCCCUGGAAGCACAUUGUGUGGAAUUUCUCACUAAACAUCUUAGAGCAGACAAUGCCUUUAUGCUUCUUACCCAGGCUCGAUUAUUUGAUGAACCUCAGCUUGCUAGUCUUUGUCUUGACACUAUAGACAAAAGUACAAUGGAUGCAAUAAGUGCAGAAGGUUUUACUGAUAUUGACAUAGACACACUGUGUGCAGUAUUAGAAAGAGACACACUUAGUAUUCGAGAAAGUAGACUCUUUGGAGCUGUUGUUCGAUGGGCAGAAGCAGAGUGUCAAAGACAGCAAUUGCCUGUGACAUCAGGAAACAAACAGAAAGUGCUUGGAAAAGCUCUAUCUCUAAUCCGUUUUCCACUAAUGACUAUUGAAGAGUUUGCAGCAGGUCCUGCUCAGUCUGGAAUUUUGUCAGAUCGGGAAGUGGUAAAUCUCUUUUUGCAUUUUACUGUCAAUCCUAAACCUAGAGUUGAUUAUAUUGACCGACCUAGAUGCUGCCUCAGAGGAAAAGAAUGCAGCAUAAACAGGUUCCAGCAAGUGGAGAGCCGUUGGGGGUACAGCGGAACAAGUGACCGAAUCAGGUUCACAGUUAAUAGAAGAAUUUCCAUAGUGGGAUUUGGAUUGUAUGGAUCUAUUCAUGGACCCACAGAUUAUCAAGUCAAUAUACAGAUAAUUGAAUAUGAAAAAAAUCAGACACUGGGACAAAAUGAUACUGGAUUUAGUUGUGAUGGAACUGCUAAUACAUUCAGAGUUAUGUUCAAAGAACCUAUAGAAAUUUUGCCAACGAUCUCCUACACAGCUUGUGCAACACUCAAAGGUCCCGAUUCCCAUUAUGGUACGAAAGGAUUGAAGAAAGUAAUCCACGAAUCUCCCACUGCAAGCAAAACCUGCUUUUCUUUCUCUAGUUCACCCGGUAACAACAAUGAUGUGACAACUGAGGCAGUUGGUGUAGCUAUUGCUGCACCUCCAUCAGAAGGGGAGGCAAAUGCAGAGCUGUGUCGUUACCUUUCUAAGGUUCUAGAAGUGAAGAAGAGCGAAGUUAUUUUAGAUAAGGGUGGUAAAUCUCGUGAAAAAGUGGUGAAGAUUUUGGUGUCGAUGACUCCGGAUGAGGUUUUAGAGAAACUGAAAAAAGAAGUCUCCAGUUGAGACAAGACAAAAGCAGGAAAUGGAACAGUGUCUUGAAAAAUCUUUCAUUGAAUGUAAAGAGGAGGAGGGACAUUCUUCAAUGAGAGCACACAAAUACAGGCUGUGGGUCACUUACAAGAUUCUUUUGUGUAAAUGUGUAGACAAAUUUAAGUACACUGUAAAUUACAAAUCUCUUCCCUAUUCUAAACUUUGGUUUAAAUAAUCCCACAAAACUAAGGCCCAAGCUAGAAGUGGAAGCAGGAUUUAUUGUUAGGUAGGAAAGCCAUCUUAACCCCGACAUUUAGCUGAAUCUACAUCACAAAUUCA